CUUGCUUACGUCAUAGAAUAAUAAGGAAGUAGAAGCCGAACUGAAAGAGUCCAGCUCCAUGGAGAAAUACUCCUACCUGAGUGUCAUCGGAGAAGGGUCUUUUGGUCGGGCUGUGUUAGUCCAGUGUAAAAACUCUCAGGAAAGAUAUGUGAUCAAGGAAAUCCAGCUGCCGAGGAAUCAGUCCAAACUGAGGAAUUCAAAAAGCGAAGCCAUCCUGCUAUCCAGAAUGAAACAUCCCAAUAUUGUGGCCUUCCGGGAGGCAUUUGAAGUGGAUGACCUCCUUUGCAUUGUUAUGGAGUACUGCGGUGGAGGAGAUCUGCUCCAGAGGAUUCAGCAGCAGAAAACCAUCCAGUUCUGUGUUGAAAAUAUCUUAAAGUGGUUUGCCCAGAUGUGUGCAGGUGCAAAUUAUAUCCAUGAUAAGCGGGUUUUGCACAGAGAUCUGAAGUCAAAGAAUAUUUUCCUGACAGAUGAUGGCACAAUCAAGCUUGGAGACUUUGGCUCUGCAUGUAUUCUGAACAGCUCAAAGGCUAAUGCUCAUGCAUAUGUUGGAACCCCGUAUUAUGUAGCACCGGAAAUCUGGGACAACAAACCGUAUAACAAUAAGAGUGAUGUCUGGUCGCUGGGCUGUGUCCUGUACGAGCUCUGCACCCUACGGCACCCGUUCCAGGCAUCUAGCUGGAAGAACCUGAUUCUGAAGGUGUGUCGGGGUGCAUACCCUCCUCUUCCCCAACACUUGCCUUAUGAGCUGCAUUACUUGGUCAAGCAGAUGUUUAAGACUAACCCAAAAGACAGGCCGUCUGUGCACACGAUCCUGACCUCUCACCGGGUUUCCAGACUCCUGCGCUCACAUCUGCCCUCACAGGCCAUAGAGAGUGAGAAAGAGAGGAGGCGUACAGGUCAGUGGAACAGAGAGGAAGGGAGGAAGGUAGCUAAUUUUCUGGGAGAGAAGAGUUUGCUAAAAGCUUCAACAUUGGAAGGUAGGGAGUUCACCACAGGCUGCUGUGAAAGCACUGGGCGUAUCCCCCGAAAGCAGUGGGCGAAUGAACCUCCAGGAACUGUGCUGCAGGUGUUGGCCAAUGCUAGCUUGGUUUCAUCAGACAGCAUGGCAUCAGUCAACCAGACCCAUACUGGUCUCACACAUGGACUUGGGUCAGAGGAGCCAGAGGACAACAGGCAGAGAAGACGAUGGGAGAGGGAUCCUCCUGAGAGACUUCUGAGUCUGCUUGAGAAGGCCCAGCUAAACAAAGCCUUUAGUACCUUUUUAGUACACAGAGGAGAUGGCAACCCUCUAGUCGGACCUCUCUCCCAGCUGCAGGGGGAUGACACUGAUGGGCCUGAGCCAGAAGUGGCUAUCGACGAAUACAGACUGCAACCACGCUCUGAUGAUGAGGACACGGACUUUGAGGAAGACUCUCCAUGUGACUGGAUGGACGAAGUUGAGAAAAUGUUUUCAGAAGACUGCGGUCUCGUUCCUCCUGACUCGACACAAUCCAGCAGUUAAUGUUUACAUUUGCUGAAAACACUCCACUUUGUGUAUUUGCCAAAAUGAAUUCCUGAGGUGAUUUAAAGACCGUCUGAUAACACAGCUAACUGCUAAUUUCUGCAGCAAGACCCUGAAAAUUUGGAGCAAAUAUUGUUAAUGAUGGAAAUGUUUUUUCUAUAAAUAUUUUUCAUGUGAGUGUGUGUGUUUCUGAUUUGAUUGAAACAUCUUCUGUGUGCUGUUUGGGUCAGCAGUGAUAACAUUUCUGGUAGACUGAAUGUCAUCUGGAAGCUGCUGUUUGUCUUUUUGGGGGAAGCAGGAAAUAUUAGCCUCAGAGAAGUGGGGUCUCCACUGGGUCACAACAGUUUUACACCACCAGUGCUUAUUGAAGCAGACUUCCUCUGUUAUGUCAAAAGUAGACUAAAUAUGUUCACUUGUUGAUAUUGUUAAGUUUUAUUCUCAUAAUAAGCCACAAACAAAUCAUACAUCUGAUCCCUUCGGCUGUUUGUUAUUUUUUAAUUGUUGUGACUUUACAGUACCAGUCCUCCUCUGUUAUGUGUUUAUUUUGUACCACUAGGUGGCAUUAAAAGAACUGAUGAGAGCAGUCUGGAUUGAAGAGGUGAAAAAGCUAGAAUUUAACUCUUACAUAUCUCUGAUAAUAAAUAUCAAAUACACA